AUGCGAACUGUUUCCCCUGUCUGUUUACAGGACACCGACAGUCUGGUGUAUGACAUUCUGCGGGGUGAUAUUGCCGUACUCGAGGCUGCCAAACGUGGAAACCUGACCAAGAUCCAACGUUUAAUCAUUCCGGAGAACAUCAAUUGUCGCGAUACUCAAGGCCGCAACUCUACUCCUCUGCACUUGGCGGCCGGUUACAAUAACAUUGAGGCAAGCGCAAUUUACACAGAUUUAUUUAUUUAUUUUGCCCAUCACCAACCAAAUCUACAAUCACCUACAGACAAAGACAUGCUUUCCACAGAACACCUAGUGGAUAACUCGUUCUUGCAAUUUUUUAUCACUCAUUUUGGUUUUCUUUCUUCUUCGCACAAUUCUCUGCAGGUGGUGGAGUUUUUGCUGGAUAUGGGAGCUGACGCAAAUGCUCAGGACAAGGGUGGUCUGAUCCCCCUGCACAAUGCCAGCUCCUAUGGUCACAUCGACGUUGCAGCUUUGCUUAUUCGUCAUGGAACCUCGGUGAACGCGGUGGACAAGUGGGGCUAUACUCCGCUACACGAGGCAGCUCAAAAGGGUCGCACUCAACUCUGCUCACUUCUGUUAGCGCACGGCGCCAACCCGAACGCUCGCAAUGAGGAGGGUGAGUUAAUGCCAUUUCCUUCGCACGUAACACAACUGACGAGGCUAUGA